GAACACGCGCAGCCAUGAUGGCGGCCUUCAGUGUGGCUCGAAGCAGCUGCGGACUGAUAAAUGGGUUGAAGAUAUCUUUCAGGAGUUUGGCUCAAGUGAAACAUGGCGCAGUCGCUGCUUCAGUGCCGCAGACGAGCCUGCAACGGGACAGCCGCUGGUACUCGGUCAGCCACCUGUCCGUUAAGGAGAGGAUUGACAGGAAACGAAAGGCGGCCCUAGUCGGGGGAGGUCAGAAGAGAAUAGAUGCACAACACAAAAGGGGUAAGCUGACAGCAAGGGAGCGAGUGGAGCUGCUGCUGGACCAUGAGUCCUUUGUGGAGACGGACAUGUUUGUGGAGCAUCGCUGUUCUGACUUCAGCAUGGAGCAGGACAGAAACAAGUUCCCAGGUGACAGCGUCGUGACAGGCCGAGGCAGGAUCAAUGGGCGACUGGUCUAUGUAUUCAGUCAGGACUUCACAGUGUUUGGUGGCAGUCUGUCUGGAGCUCAUGCACAGAAGAUCUGUAAGAUCAUGGAUCAGGCCAUGACAGUUGGCGCCCCGGUCAUCGGGCUGAAUGACUCUGGAGGAGCUCGGAUCCAGGAGGGAGUGGAGUCUCUGGCUGGAUAUGCAGAUAUUUUCCUGAGGAAUGUGAUGGCUUCAGGAGUUGUCCCUCAGAUCUCCCUCAUCAUGGGUCCCUGUGCAGGAGGGGCCGUCUACUCUCCCGCGCUGACGGAUUUCACCUUCAUGGUGAAGGACACAUCAUACCUGUUCAUCACAGGACCAGAUGUCGUGAAGUCUGUCACCAACGAAGACGUUACUCAAGAGGAGCUCGGUGGAGCUAAAACACACACCAGCGUGUCAGGCGUGGCUCAUCAUGCAUUUGAGAAUGACGUCGAAGCCCUCCUCAGCCUGCGAGAGUUCUUCAACUUCCUGCCGCUCAGCAAUCAGGAACCAUCCCCUAUCAGGGAGUGCCACGACCCCAGUGAUCGUCUGGUCACUUCAUUGGACACUAUCGUCCCGUUUGAGUCGACUAAAGCCUACGAUAUGUUGGACAUCAUUCAAGCAAUAGUGGAUGAGCAGGACUUCUUCGAGAUCAUGCCCAACUACGCCAAGAACAUUGUGGUGGGAUUCGCCCGCAUGAAUGGACGCACCGUGGGCAUCGUGGGUAACCAGCCCAAAGUGGCUUCUGGUUGUUUGGACAUCAACUCCUCAGUGAAGGGAGCCCGCUUCGUUCGCUUCUGUGAUGCUUUCAACAUUCCCAUCAUCACCUUCGUGGAUGUGCCAGGUUUCCUGCCAGGUACCGCUCAGGAGUAUGGAGGCAUCAUCAGACACGGAGCCAAACUGCUGUUUGCUUUUGCAGAGGCAACCGUCCCAAAAAUAACCAUCAUUACCAGAAAGGCUUAUGGAGGAGCCUAUGAUGUGAUGAGCUCCAAACACCUGAGAGGAGAUGUGAACUACGCCUGGCCCACGGCCGAGGUUGCUGUCAUGGGUGCUAAGGGUGCUGUUCAGAUUAUCUUCAGAGGGAAGGAGAACCAAGCAGAGGCAGAGGCUGAAUACGUGGAGAAGUUUGCCAACCCCUUCCCAGCUGCUGUCAGAGGUUUUGUGGAUGACAUCAUCGAGCCGUCGACCACUCGCAAGAAGAUCUGCAGAGAUCUGGAAGUGCUGGCCAGCAAGAAGCAAGUCAACCCCUGGAAGAAACACGCCAACAUUCCUCUGUGAAACACACCCAGACAGUUUCCACAUUAACACUACCUAAAGGCACUCGCUGCGGGAUUUCACUAGUAUUCAAACGAAACAAAUGAACUGCAGUGGUGACCCGGGAUGACGACUUUGGUAGCCUGCUCAGCAGAUGUUAGUUGUCAUGUUUCAUUUCACAGUUUCUCCUUGCUGCUGUUGUUUAAAACUGUCAUUUACCACUCCACUGAAAGCAACACAUGGAGAUACACGCCUUGAUCUUGUUCCUGCUUUAAUAGUGGCUCCAGAUUUCCUCCCAGCUAUUUUUUGAACUAUAAACUGCAUCAGCCUCAAGCUGUGGGGAUUUUUUAGGAUUUGUGGGAAAUGUUAGAGCUCUGUAAACAAAAUCAGGGCGUGUAUAUUUACUUUUACAUCUUCACCACUGAUAUGCAAGAUGUUCAUGGGAAAAGCUGAACACAUUUUACAAUAUCUGAAUGGAAUAGUCACACACAUUUUAAAUGACUAUCAUGUCAGUAGUGGCCAUAUUGGUCACUAUUGUUGGUACGAUUGGAUAUUCUAAAAACAAGGCUGUAUCUGAAAGGGCAGAUUACAUGUUGCCAAUAAUAUGCAUUUUUUAAAACCACAGGCAACUAUCGACAGCAAAAUGCAAACAUGCUGUGGUCUGUUGUCAUGUACGGUAUUUCCAAACCCUGCUGAUGUACUGUAUUAAGUUCCUCUAGGUUGUACAGUAGUUUGCGCUCCCUCUGUUUGAUAUCCUCCGUUAAGGUCAAGAAAAAGUCAUUUUCACAUCUUGGAACUGUGCCUUCUGUCUCGGGCAGGCUCUGCUCUGCCAUCUGUAAAAUAAAUCAAGGACACUACUGUGUGUGUUUGAUUUAAUUCUACCAAUGAUGUAGUAUAUGUUGUCAACUUAGUGUUUUUUGACAAAUAUAAAUAAUUGAUCUGAAAAAUAAAAUGAGACAUGGAGUAA